CGCACUAAAAAUUCUAUUCUGUUUUGUAAUAUAUAAAUAUAUAUAUAUAUAUAGAUAUAUCAACUAUAGCAGAGAUUCCCAUAUUUUCUCUAUCGUCAACAGAACGUUUAAAAAAAAUAGUCAUCAUGAGUUUGGAGGAAGCUAAGGUACAAUACCAAAAAUUGGCAGUGGACUUGAACAAGAAGUUUGGAAGCCAGCCACAAAUCAAGCAGGUCACCGAGAAGACCGGUGCUCAAGCUGCACAUGUUGUACUAGGCGGUGCCGCAAUUGCCUUCCUUUCCGCGUGGUUAAUCUUCGGAGCCGACUUUGUUACCACGCUCGUUGCUGUAGUAUACCCCGCCUACGCGUCUAUCCAGGCCAUCGAGGCGCUCGGCUCCACUGACGAUGCACAGUGGUUGACCUAUUGGGUUAUCUACGCCUGUCUAAACGUUCUUGAGUUUGGUGAGGAGUACCUGCUCGAGUUUAUCCCCGUGUACUACGUGGUAAAGAUGUGCUUGUGCGUCUGGAUGUUCCUUCCCUCUACCCAAGGAGCGUCUAUUGUGUACAAAAAUGCCAUCAAGCCUUUGGUCAACAAGGACACCGCCGCUAAGGUUUCUGAAGCCAUUUCCACCGAAGCCAAGGUCGAGUAAAAUCGCCGUCGCGGAGAUAUCUCAUUCUGUAAAUAAAUAUAUUUUGUGAUGCCGUG